AUGGUGUUUUCUAAAAGAUUUAUUGGUUUGAUAUUUGGUAUAGUGUCAAACAAUUGGUACUCAGUUCUUGUUAAUGGUCAACUACAUGGGUUUUUCAUGUCUUCUAGAGAAGUGAAGCAAGGGGAUCGUUUAUCACCUACUUUAUUUAUUUUGGCUGUAGAGAAAAUGUCAAGGGGCCUCAAUGCAUUACAUCAAAACUUGUAUUUUUGUGGAUUUGGUUUUCCUAAGUGGAGUCCCAAGAUUAACCUUCUUGCAUAUGCCGAUGAUACAAUUAUAUUCUCAUCCUCAGAUGCAACCUCUUUGAGACUAAUAAUGGAGGUGUUGAAUGCUUAUGAAGCAGCUCCAGGCCAACUGAUCAAUAAGUCAAAAUCUGCUAUAUAUGUCCACCAUUCAACAAGUGAUGAGGUUUUGAGGAAGAUUGAAGGUAUUACUGGAAUAGGGAGAAAUGAUUUCCCAUUCAUUUACCUUGGCUGCCCUAUAUUUUAUUCAAUGAGGAGAAUGGAUUACUAUGAGGGUUUAAUCACUAAGGUGUUGGAUAAACUCCAAACAUGGAAAGGGAAACUCUUAUCGAUUGGUGGUAGGGCAGUUCUGAUUAGUAGUGUGCUUCAAAGCAUGCCUACUCAUUUGCUCUCUGUUGUGAAUCCACCAGCUAAUGUGAUCAACAAGUUACACAAAUUGUUUGCCAGAUUCUUUUGGAGCAGUUCUGUUGAAGGAAAGGCAAGACACUGGGCUUCAUGGGACACCUUAUGCUUGCCUAAAGAAGAAUGGGGAGUUGGAUUUAGAUCACUACAUGACAUGUCCAAGGCUCUUUUCUGUAAAUUGUGGUGGAACUUUAGGACAAAACCAUCACUGUGGAGUUCUUUUAUUAGCCAAAAGUAUUGCAAGAAGCUGAAUGACACAGUGGUACCUUGGAAAUAUGGCUCACAUGUGUGGAGGAAGAUGUUAGAAUGUUUGGGUGCUCUCUAUUUUGUAACACCCCCAGAUUUCAUUGUUGAUGAAUCUAUUCAAAAUGUGAAUGAAGUUACAGUAGAAGGACAAUGGGAUGAGGGGAAGCUAAGACAAUUAUUACCUGAAGAUUUAACCUUGCACAUGCUGGAGAGCAUAGCAUCUUCAAGAGUAUGGUCAUACUUGUUUUCCUAUGCUGGUCUAUCUUUGGAGGGAUUGAGUUUGCAUCAAGCUAUAGUGAAAUGCUGGACAUGGCAGUCACUUAUUAAGGCGAGGAAACCUGGAAUUACUUCUGUACCUUUUCGAUGGCCUGAUAUGCUGAAAAUGAUGGAGGAUUACACUCCUAACCUGAAGUUCAACAAGGUACUGUGGGAAUUUCAAAUACCAGGUUGGACAAAAAUAAAUACAGACGGGGCAUCGAGGGGCAACCCUGGAAGGAGUUCCAUUGGCUACUGUUUGAGGAAUGAGCAUGCUGAUAUGAUAUUUGGGUGUGGCAAGGAAAUACAAGAGACAACAAAUACACAAGCAGAAAUUAAGGCUAUAUUAGAAGCGUUACAAUAUAGCAGGACUGUGGGCAUAUUCAAUGUCUGGGUGCAAAUAGACUCAAUGUUACUCAAAAGAGUGAUUGAAGGGAUUUGGAAGCCACCUUGGGUUAUUGAUAAAGAGGCGAAGGAGAUAAGGCAGCUGUUGACAACUAUGAAUGGCAUGAUAUCACAUAUAUAUCUAGAAGUAAAUAAGGUAGCUGAUCACUUGACAAACUAUGCUCUCGACCAGGGGAACACUCAAUGCCACUCUUUCUAUCAGCUAGACACUCAAGGAAUGAGGCUAAUUAAUGGAGAUAAAAUGCAAUGCCCGUACUUGAGAGUAAAAGUGUCGAGACAAUAG